AUGGAAGGCCAACAGGGACCAAGUAAGAUGCCGACGGCGGCAUAUUUUCUGAUUGUUGCCAGAUCAUUAACAGCUUUCCAACUAAUGGUCACAAAUACUGUGCAUAGAACCUUCAUGGUGAACAAACUGGGAUUCACAACAGGUGAGACAGCUUCUAUAUUCAGAUGGCGCAGAUCCACUAUGUAUUGGUUGUACCUGUUUGGUUCGUUGGUGGCCGAAAACUAUCCCAAUAAAUUCCACGUCAUCAUUGUAGAUUGCGUUGCAACAAUUGCAGGUGCUUCUGUACUGACAUUCAUCUCGGCGCCAGUUGUACGACACAUCGGCAAGGAAUUGUAUUUUGUCAGAUUAGCAGUCACUUUUGUGUUCAUGUUUGUUACAAAUACAGUUAUAGCUGCAUUUGAAGGAAACCAGUUCAAACUUCCGGAAGAGAACGACGCCUUUAUGAAGUAUUUCAGAUAUUCCUAUGUGAUACGCAACUUGGUGGUACUUUUCGGAAAUUUUCUGGGACCUUUUCUAAAAACACACGUUACUUGCUUGGGCGAACAGGAUUGCUACAUGCUUACAUUUAGUGUCAGUCUGAUUACUAUGUUUGUAGUUUUAUCUGUUUAUCUAGCCGGAUCCAGAUUUUUUAUCAUUACCAAACCAUCACGCCGGAUUGCUCAAUUGAUUGCUGGUUGUAUGUGGUACGGAUUCACCCAUUGGUUGAAGGAGAGAAAGUCUAACCCAAAACCAAAUUGGUUAGAUCACGCUGAACCAAAGUAUGAAGCACAACUUAUUUUGGAUAUAAGAACAGUGUUGAAUAUGAUGAUGAUAUUUUGCUGUGUACCACUUUAUAAGGGUGUUUACUUUAUGUACCAAGACGAAUGGGUGUUUCAAGCAAGUAGAACGGACACGCAAUUUGGAUCGUACACUUUUAUAAUAGAACAUUUUGAACUAGUAAAUCCACUUUUGGCUGCUGUUAUGUUACCUCUUUGUCAGUACGUUGUGGACCCGUUGCUGGUAAAGUUCAAAAUGGAUAGAACUUUUAGGAAAAUGAUAUUCGGCGGUAUGAUGGUAGCAAUCGCUUUUUGGAUAUCCGGGUUCAUAGAAACACGCAUCAAGGUAAAUUUACCAGAAUUGCCGAGUGGCGAAGAAGUGCAGAUAAGGAUAACUAACGGAUUCAACUGUCCGGUUGCAAUUGAUGCAUCGAGUAUUGAUCCUCAUACUUUUGUACUGAGCCCUCGUGGAAUGUACACAAAUAAACACGUCCCUUCGGCAUCCUAUCAGUCAAUAGCGAUUUCUAUGAAGGGAACGUGUUUUGCACCUGCAAGCAAAACAAUAAACGCCGAAGCCGGUACAUCUGUAUCGAUAUUGCUGAAAAAUGAAGACGGACAGGCUGUUAUCAUAUCCUACGAACAAAGACUGGAAAAAUCUGAAGCUGGCGAACCUAUUAUCACAGUCGCCGGUGCCAGAUUGAUGGACAGUGUCAUUUUGAAGGAUUCUAAAGGAGUGGAAGUGGCAAUGACUCCAACACCAACUUUUAUUGCCGGCGAACCGGUUGUAACCGAUGGCACCAGGUUGAAACAAGUUGUUGUGGAAAAGUAUGAGCUGAUUCUGAACGGUAUCAGCAUCAAGAAGUUCGACAUGUACCAGGGCGGUGUUUACUUGGCAACAAUAUCUGGCAACACUGCCGACUUUUACGAGAUCACAGAACCCAACGUUGUCCAUAUAUCAUGGAUGUUGCCGCAGAGCGCUUUGCUGAUUUUUGGAGAAAUUUACUUUAGUCUUACAUUUGAGCAGUUUAGGUACACCGAGGCACCACGUUCCUGCAAAGUGCUGGUCGUGGCUUUGCAACUUGCGAUGGACUCUUGGGGCGAAAUGUUUGUUGACAGUGUUUUUCGUAUUGAGGGACUUGAUCACGAUCACAAAUUGUAUAUUGAAGCGACUUGUCUCGCCAUCAGCAUGCAUCAAACCGACGCCCUCGCCCAAUUCAUAUAUGAAUUCGGCAAAGUUUUGUGCUACAGCUACGAAUUCGGCAAAUAUCUUUUGCUGUCAGCUGCUUUAGCUGAUCUGACACCAGGAUGCUCCCACAAUUAUAUUCAAGUCGAAGAACCAGAAGCAGUUUUGCCUGGACCUUUUCUACCAUACCAGCCUUAUUAUCCGAAUUACCAGCAUUCAGAGGGUUACCCGAUGGUGCCUCUACAGCAACCCGGUUAUCCGUCUUAUGGUUAUCAGCAACCACAUUAUCCUGAGAUGCAACCAGGUGGUUAUCAGCAACCUGGUUAUCAGCAACCAGGUUACCAACAACCUGGUUAUCAAUAUCCCGAUUACCAGCAACCUGGUUACCAGCAAUCUGGUUACCACCAGCCAUUGGGAAAAGUAUCAGAUAAUCAGCAACAUAUCGAUGAUGAUGUUUCCCAAGAAAAUUCCAUAGAAGAUUUGCCAGAUCCUGCUGAUUCUGCUGAUCCUGCUGAUACUGAUCAGCAAGAUUAG